CGCACUCUCCCUCCCCCCCCCCUUCUUUCUUUCCCUCCCCUUCUCUCCUCAAUCCGCCAUGAGACCGCGACACCUUUCCAAUCUGCGGAUCCCGUAUCAUGUCAAAAUGCAUCUGGUUCGCCGACAUGCGCUCCUCAUGUCGAGCAGCUUCCCACCACGGGCCUUUUCCCGGCGCAUCCUAGACCUGGCAUCGGGGGAUGAGCAGGUCGCCGCGGCGUCCAAAAAACACCCGACUCCCUUUGUCUCGGAUGACAUUUUCCCGCGCCAUGUGCGCCUCCUCGGCCAGACUGCCGAAGGCCGGCGGUCUCGCUUUGGUUCGCGCUGGGUUGGCAUGGAUCGACCUCCCACCGAGCCCUCGCCUACCCCCUCCCUUGCCCGGGCUCUGCCCGAAGAGGAAUCCAUGACCCCUGCCGAGCGGGCGCACGAGCGGUCUCGCAACCGGUCCGAACUCCUCUCGCUUUACCGGUCCAUCCAGCGUGUUGGCCGGCAUAUUGCCCCGACGGAUCCGUAUCUGAGCUCUUUCAUCCAGGCUGAGGCCCGUCGCCAAUUUGAGGCCCGAGUGACCUUUCGACCAGAUAUCAUGCGGAAAAUUCCCCCGGCCAUCGUGGCCGCAUACGAAGCCUCACUGGACCACCAGCGGAAUUCCCUGAUUCAUGCACGAGCGCAGCUCGCCUCCCUCUUUGAGGCACUGUCCCUCAAAAAGGUGCAUGCCCUGGACAAUCUGUUGGCCAUGGCCUUUGGACGCGUUGGCACACUGAAGGAGAAGUUUUGCCUGGACGUCUGCUCGCUCCCCCUGCUUGAGGACCUUGAGUUCAGCUACUUCCCCGAGGUAUCCGGCCUCGCCAUCAAGUCCACCAAUCAGGAGGAGUUCCCCUUGCCAACCCCCUGCUUGAGAUACAUCGAGCGGCAAUAUGCCUCCCUCAAAGAAGGCCCAUAUCAUGCCCUGUCCCGGGCAUACUGCCGGCUGAUGAACCGCAUCCCGGUGCUCAUGAGCUUGGAGAUCCCAUCGUCCCUGCCACGGGGCGACCUGCCGACAAAGCUGGCCGACGCCACGCACGCCAUUGGGUAUGGGCAUUUUAGCAGUCUGCCCAGCUCGUCUGGACAGGCUGACCUGAUGGCGCUGUCCGGCACCGAGCGUCCUCGUCCGCUUGGCGGCAGUGGGUAUAUGCAUGUGGGCAUGGACAUCGCCAGUCUCCUUGGUGAAUCGUUGAACCAGCGCAGCCGUGUUCCUCGCUUUCUGACGUCCGACCACCAGGCCCAUGCGCUGGCGAUGAUCCGCCAAGCUGAGGGCCCCGGCCCGACGCAUGCCCUCGAUGGCCGGCCGCUGCUCCUGUCACUGAACGAGCCCCCCCCCUCGGCAGCCAAUGACGUGGCCUUCAUCUCGGACAUCAUUGCGUACCUUCGGAUGACCCCGGCCGCGGUGGAGAUCAACCCAGCCGUGACCAACAUCAUCUACGGCUAUGAUGACCGGAAGCACCGGACCGAGAUUCGUCGCCUGCGCAAGCUCUAUCCCAUCGAGCACACGUCCUUCUUCCGGGGGUUUGAGCCGGUGGCUCGGUUUUGUAGCUUCUCUCUGUUUGAUGCGCCGACGCUGCCUCCCCACUCGGCCCCGGCUGACACCCAGCCCUCCAUUCGCACCAUCCCCGGUGGUGAGUGAGAUGGAUCCCCUCGCCUCCGGCUGUUUCCCUCCUCUCCAAAUAUAGACCAGCCUCCGCCGUGGGGCCUCUCCCUCCUUCGCCCGGUGUGCUCCUUCUCUUUUUCCUUCGAUGCAACUAUACAAGGGCGAGCUGG